AUGGGCAAUCCCGAUCUCGAGCUGCAGAAUCCCGACUGGGACCCCCACUGCCGUCGCCGCCGCGGGCCGACGCCGCGACGAUUCAUCGCCCGUCUCUGCAUCACCGCCCUCGCAGCCGGCAUGUUGCUGACCAUGGCCGUCUGCGGGCUCCUCGGUGGCACCGCGACGACGACGCCAUCUCUGCUGCACCAGCUGCUGCGCCCACAACCGUGCCCGGCACACCGCCAAGCCCAACCACACGAGGCGGUCGCUGCGACCACCACCCCCCCCAGCCACGACGCCUCGUCCUCGUCCCGGGGCGCCGUCGCGGGUGUCAGGGCGGACGUCUACCUGCAGCGCCGAAACGCCCUCGCCGAGGUGCUCAAGGCCGAAGGCGUGGAGGCCUUCGUCGCCGAGCCCGGCCCCAUCUUUGAAUACUACGCCAACAUCUCCCGGACGGACUGGGAAGCUUUUGCCCCCUCGCAGCGGCCCCUGCUCAUGGUCAUCCAGCCCGUCGAGCACCCGUCCUCGUCCGGCGGCUCCGGCGCCGUCGUCGUCGCCGCCAAGAUGGCGCUGCUCGCGCCUCGCGCCCAGGCCGACCGCGUGCGGCUGGAACCCGUACCGCACGCUGCGCAAGUCGCGGCUGUUUGCGCCCGUCGACGUUCGUCGCGCCGCCGCCGACCAGCGGCCGAUGAUCAUGGCGGGGCCCGAGACACGUGCCGUGGUGGUUGA